CACGAGGAACUGACCGGACCGGAACGGAACCCAAGAGACGAGUGGUUGUUUACAGAAGUUGUUUCGUCCACCAUAACGUAACCUGCCAGCACCGCAUCCAAUCUUUCUCGGCCCGACAUUCCCUCCCGGUGCCACAAACAAGCACAUUUCGAAGAGACGCUCCAUUUCGAUUCGAUCUGGCACCUCUCCUCUGGUUCGAGACUGCCACACCAAGUCGAAACGAAGCACACCAAACCAAACCAAGCCAAUCCAAUCCAAACCCAACCAAUCCAAACCAAGCCAGCUUUUGUCGCCCGCACGAACCAGAUGGCCCUCUCGUGUUCCGCGGCACCGAUCGUUCGUCCGCUGCUGGCCGGAGCGGCCCGUUGGACCCUCUUCCGUGCCUCCGCCCCCGCUCCCUUCCGCUGGGCGGGACGCGCGGCAGCGCCUUCCGCGAAUCCCCCGGCCGGCUUCGCCCCCGGCCAAUGGCCACAAACCGCCCGGUCCUUUGCGUCUUUUCUUCCGCCGGAUCCCAAGGGAAGCUCGCUCUGCCCCAAGAAGGUCACGGCCCGGCUGAACGAGUUCCAGGACCUCUUCGUGGAGGCCCGGCUGUGCAUCGACGACGCCAAGGACUCGGUCGGGACGGUCUACUUCGAGGAGGACUCGGAGGAGGCCCGGGAGGCCGUCGAGGCGGCCAUCGAGUGCUUCGAGACGCUGGUGGGGGAGAUUUCCGACGCCGACGAAAAGAACCGGGUCCUGAGGAGCAACGGCCUCAAGGUCGAGCAGCUCAGGGGGGAGCUGGAGAUGACGCUGGGAGAGCACGACGAUCACCACUAGGCGAAACGAGGGAGGGAAGGAAGGAAUCGGCGUGUUCCCGUCGAAUGCGUGGUGGACGGACGGAGGCGAGGCGAGGCGAGGCGGUUGUUCCUGUUUCGUUCCACGGAACGAAACGAAACAAAACGAAUCGCUCGUCGUCGUCGCGGUGGAAAAUCCCGAAUCCCGGUCCGAAAGGAUGCCGACGCAGUGCCGUUCCGUAGCGCGUGGGAGUACCAAUACCGUACCGCGCACGUGGACAAUGGAACGAAACCAAUGCACCCGGCAAUCACUUUGGUUCGGAGGGAAACGAAACGAAACGAAACGAAUUGCGCGUCUCGAGUGCGAGGCGAAAAACUGUCGAGAUAAAAUAGCGUGGCACAA